AGAACAGUCAAGAGAUAUUUCGAAAAACCAAAACAAUGGCCGAGUUGCUCCUUCUCGCUGGUAUCGGAGUUUUGUUUUUAUGUCUGAUAUUCACUCUUCUGGCACUGCUGCUCUUAUCUGGUCUAUUCGAAACGAUUGAAGUGAAGACGGGAAAGCCCCCACUAGGUGAAGUUGUCAUCGCCUACAAGUUCUGUCGUGGGCCCUACAAGGAAUGUGGCCCCGUAUUCACGGAGGUGUGUGGCCUGACCCCACAGGGCCAGAAGACCGUGGGUAUCUACUAUGACGACCCCGAAGUGGUGGAGUCACAUAAGUUGCGGUAUGUUGUGGGUGCCAUUCUUUCAGAGGACGGUUCAGAAAUUGACGAACUUGUUCAACAUAAACUCGUGCAAUGUGGGUAUAAAGUUGCCAAGCUACCUUCGGUGACCUAUGCCGUGAACACAACUUUCCCGUACAGGAGCGCACUGUCCAUUCUUAUAGCCGUCUGGAGAGUAUAUCCCAGAAUGCACAACUAUGUAAAGGAGCAUAAACUGUGUGCCCACCCUUACAUGGAGGUGUACGAUGGGGGUUCCAUUUACUUCAUGGCGCCCCUGGCCCGCCAGAAUGAGUUCUACGUCCCCGAGGUCCAGGAGGAGGAGGAGAGGGCCGACGAAGGAGAUGAUGAGGACGACGACAGCUCCGUUGAUGAUAGUGUGUCAGCAUCCAGGGAGACCAGUUACAGCCGCAGUGUUAUGGAUGGAGACAUGCCGAUUUCUGACAGUGAAAGUGAGGCUGAGGAGGAAGGGGAGACAACUUGCACUGUCCCAGAGAUUGAAUGUCCCAGUGAAGAGCUCUUGAAGGGGGAGUUAACUCCACGUGAACUUUUAGAGGACAAAGAUCGAGAUCAGAGUACCCCAGACACUUGUGAGCCUCCCGUGUUCCAGGACUCUGGGUUCAGCUCUGAACUGACCCCUACCCCACAGAUGAGUCCCCUGAAGGCCGAGGAGGGGGGCAAGGCUUCCGAUGGAAAUGACUCUGGCUCUUCUUUUGAGGAAAUCUCAAUGGAGAACAUUCCCAAGACGAUAUCCUAAUGAAGAAUCGAGUGAUCAAAAAAUUAAAUCCUGAUGAUUUAGUUGUAGCAAGUUUAUUUAUUUGCAUAGUCAGGAAUGAUGUUAUUGGUUAAUGAGGUAUUCAAAGUUUACAAUUAUGUUCUGAUACACAAUUGUAUUCAACAGUACGUAUUAAAUUAUUUUUCUAUGAUUUAUGGUUAUUAUGAUUAUUAUUAUAUGUAUAUUUAUGGCACAUGUACUUGUAUGUCUACUUAUCUAUUGUGAAAAACUUUAUGUGAUUAUUUUGAUGGAACAGUUAUUGUAGAGCAAUAUGAAUAUGAGAAAGAUUUUACAUGUUUUUGGGUCUGCCUUAAAUUUACAUGUGCUAAGGAUUUCUUAGUUAUUACAGACUACAAACAUGUAUUAAAUAUGAGGGUUUUUUUUAUUUCCAUAUCAAAGUGCUAAUUGCAAGGCAAUAUACACAAUAUUGAUUUUUAACAGCAAUUAAAAUGCUUUGAAUUAUUUUUGUCAUUUCAGUAGCUUUAAAUUGUUGUUCUGAAACAUAUUAUACUUAUGAUAGACAAGAAAAUUACCAUUCCAAUUUUUGAAGCCUUUAGUGUUUUCCCCUUUCAUUUUUCUCUAUUUCAUAUGCAUGUACACAGAUUUCAAACAUGUUGAAGGGGGAAAACCUAAGUGGAAUAGUUUUUAUUUACAACUGUAAGUUUCAGGUUCAUUUGUGUCAGGUUUGUGAUUAUUGGGGUUUUUAUUUCCUACUAUAAAUAAAAUAUCUGAUCUGCCAUAUGUUAUGAAAAAACCUGUUGUGUAUCAUUACAAGUAUUAAGUUCCCCUCCCCCCCCCCCAAAAAAAAAGUGGCUUUAAUAUUGGAUUCAUUACUGAACAAAUACUCUUUCAUGAGGAAAAGAUUUCAGACCAGAUUUUUUUGUGUAUUCACUUUUCAGAACCUUAAUCUGUGGGGAGAUUAUAAAGUAGUGUAUCUGUAACUUUCUUUGACUUCUUAAUCCUGAUAAUCCUUUAUCCCUUCUGAAACAUACAAUGUGUCUGUGGUAAUCCAAAAAGGCAUUAUCCUUAAAUUGCCUAAUAUAUUUCAAAUCUCUGACAAGAAGGUUGAUACAGAUAAGGACCUGUAAUGAAUAAUUAAUGGAAUGAUUAAACCAUGGUUAAUGUAAAAUAAUGUAAAAAAAAAAAAAAAAAAACUCACAGUAGGUUAAUUUUUUUUUUUUGAACUUUUCAAUUUUGUAUUUUUUUACAUUGAGAGACCAUGUUUGCAAAUACACAUGUAUUGAUAUUCAGUAACAGAAUAAAUGGGAAUCAAAAUGCUCUUUUUAGGAAUUCAGAAAAACAUUUUCACAUUUAUCAGGAUUUUUUUGUUUGGUGAUGGGGGCAAUUUUGCUAGAAUUUUUGCUAGAAUUUUUUUUUCAAGAUUGUGAACUUGCAUUUAGAUGGAUAUUUUGUCUCAGUUCUAUUUACAGAUACAAAGAUUUAGUCAAAAUGUUUUUUUUUUCUAAGACUUUUUUUUCUCACAAACCAAGUGCUUCAUUACACUAUUUAUAUAAUGUUUACAAACAAAGUUUUGCAUUUGAUUAGGGCAAUUUUUCACAUAUAGUUAUCAUUUUUUCAUUUAUAGAUCUUUAUUAAAGAAUUGUUAUAUGUGUUGAAUACCCUAGACCAGGGAGACGCCGGAUGUAAGAUAUUGUACACAGUUAUUGUGUGUUUUAUUUUGUUGUGAAACUACAUAAUGAAUACCAGAGUCACAUUGCUAAUUCAAAGGAGCUAGCUUUACCUGUGUUGAAAACUGAUUGUAUUGUAUGUAUAAACUGUUGAACAAAUCUUUAUCAUUUUGAAUACAUGCAGUAAUAAUUGUCUGAAAUUAAAAUAUGCAUGUAACAACAUGA